AUGUCAACAGCCUCCAUGGCUGCGACCCUCUACGCUGCCACCGUGGCGGUCCCGUCCGUCGCGGGUACAAGGCCUGAAGAUGAGAUCACCAAAGCAAAAGCGUGGCAUGCAAGGAGUGGUGGGUUUGAAAACCCUUGGCCGUCAUGGCAGAUGCAUUCCGCCUUCACCAUAAUCUCAGGCCUCAUAGCCAGGAGAAUCAGCGGCAAGGCAAAUUCCCCAGACACGACGCCUCCAACAGUGCCAGUACACGCUCCUGUGUUCUUGUCGGAGCGGACCGCGGGCGCCUCCCUCCGAGCGACAUGGCUAGGUCAUGCCUGCUACUACGUCGAGUUUCCCUCUGGGCUUCGAGUCCUCUUUGAUCCUGUCUUCACCGACCGCUGUUCGCCCUUCUCCUGGCUAGGCCCCAAGAGAUACACCGAGAUGCCCUGCCAGAUCAAGGACAUUCCUAUCAUUGACGUUGUUGUCAUCUCCCAUAACCACUAUGACCACCUCUCACACCCGACCAUAAUGGAGAUUGUCAAACGUAACCCGGGCUGCCACUUCUUCGUGCCUCUGGGGAACAAGAAGUGGUUCGCAGCCUGUGGGAUUGAGAAAUGCACCGAGUUAGAUUGGUGGGACGAAGUCGACGUCACACUGGCUCCUUCCACCACUGGAGGGAAGGACGAAACAUCGGGACCGACCACCGUCACCGCCGUGGACAGCCUCGAGUCCAAGACCAAGCCUUCCGCAGACUCCAUCACCGCUCGCAUCUCCUGUCUCCCUUGUCAACAUAUCUCGGCGCGAAGCAUCCACGACCGCGCAAAAACCCUCUGGGCCUCGUGGUCCAUCUCUUCGGGAGGCAAGUCGGUCUACUUUGCUGGCGACACGGGCUACCGCACCACCCCCAGGGAAGCCGAGGGUAAAGACGACUGGGCCGAGGAAUAUGCCUCACUUCCUCGCUGCCCUGCUUUCGCAGACAUUGGUCGCCUCCGCGGUCCGUUUGACCUGGGACUGAUUCCCAUUGGCGCGUACAUGCCUCGCUGGAUCAUGAGCCCGAUGCACGCCGACCCGCGCGACGCCGUGGAGAUCUUCCGAGAUACCAAGUGCAAAAAAGCCCUGGGCAUGCACUGGGGUACGUGGGUCCUGACGGAGGAGGAUGUGCUAGAGCCGCCCAAACUGUUGAGGAAAGCCCUCGCGCACCAUGCGAUCCCGGAGACUGGGGUAUUUGACAUUUGCGACAUCGGCGAUAGUCGAGAGUUCUAA